GAUUGUUUGCUGAGGCUAGGGAGCUCCGUGGAGCUGCUGGCCGCCUGUGGAGCCGUCAGAGCGGAGCUGCCCGCGGCGCGAUGCGGCGCGCCAGCCGAGACUACACCAAGUACUUGCGCGGCUCCGAGGAGCUGGGCAGCGGCGCCGCCCACGAGAGCGCCCCGCCGCCGCCGCCGCCACCGCCGCCGCUGCCGGCCCACCCGCACUCGCCGCCCGCCUCCCGCUCCCUUCUCGCCGCCCUCGUCCUCCUGGGGCUGGGGCAGGUGGUCUGCAGCGUCGCCCUUUUCCUCUACUUCCGAGCUCAGAUGGACCCUACUAGAAUUUCAAAAGAACAUGUGCACUGUGUCAGAACGCUUUUUGGACAUCAAGAAAAUACAGAUUUGCAUGAUACAUCCUUUGAAAAUCAAGAAGUGAAGUUAAUGCCAGAAUCGUGUAGAAGCAUGAAACAGGCUCUCCAAAGAGCUGUGCAGAAAGAAGUCCAGCGUGUCAUGGGAAGAGCACAACCAAGACCAGAAAAAGCUGCAAUGGAGGCACUAGGAAUGGAUCUGUACAAGAGAAACAAACCUGAGAAGCAGCCUUUUGCCCAUCUCAUUAUUGAUGAUAAGAAUAUUCCAUCUGGAACUCGCAAAGUGAACCUCACAUCCUGGCAUCAUGACAAAGGCCAGGCAAACUUAUCAAAUAUGACAUUCAAUGAUGGAAAACUAAUUGUUAAUCAAGACGGAUUUUACUACCUUUAUGCCAACAUUUGUUUUAGACAUCAUGAAACUUCAGGAAACCUGACCAAAAGAGGGCUUCAGCUGAUGGUAUAUAUGACUAAGACAAACCUUAAAGUAAGGCGCUCUGAUGUGUUGAUGAAGGGAGGGAGCACCAAAUACUGGUCAGGGAAUUCAGAAUUUCAUUUUUAUUCUGUAAAUGUAGGAGGGUUUUUUAAAUUAAAAUCUGGUGAAAUGAUAAGUAUCCAGGUAUCAAACCCAUUGUUACUGGAUUCAUCACAAGAAGCAACUUAUUUUGGAGCAUUUAAAGUAAGGGAUUUAGACUGAACCUUUCUGUAGUGUGCUGAAAAUUGUUGGGAUUUUUAGUGGUCCAGAAACAACUUGAAGACACAACUAAAAAUCUUUUGCAACCCAAUUGCAUCUGUAUAAGCCAUGUAUCUCUAAAGACACAUUUUUGCCCUCCGACUCCAGCAGGAGUCCCACAAAUGCACGGAAGAGCAAAAUUACAUUGUUCUCCUGAGUCAGUCUUACAGCAGUUUUACUUCCUAUGCCUCUGCUGGCUUCAGUAGAGUCAUUAUGACUUUUCCAUUGGUGUAAUUGAAAUCAAAGCAAUUAACAUUAGUGAACUUCUGUUUCCAAGUUCUGCCCUGACUGUGUAACCUGCGCUACUCUUCCUAGUUUUGGCGGGAACAUAGGCAGGACAGAACUUGGCUCCCAACUUGCAUUUAGGGCUCAGUUUUGCUUGGGGUUGAGCAUUCUGACCCUGAGACGGCAAAGAUUGUGAAAGCAUGACUAAUCUCGUUGCAUUUGAUGUGGCUUUUCACAUCCUUAGCUAAGCCUGUUCUUGCUUUGCUGGAUUAGCGUUGGAGAGCUCGGGCCAUAGCAGAAAUGAGUUGCAGAACAUCUAAAUGGUUCAACAUAAGUUUUUACCUGAUUAAAAGAGCUAUUCCAAGAAGGGAGAUCAUCUGGCCUUGCAGUUCUACAAGGUUAAUUACAGGUUAUUUUUAUUAUUGUUGCACAGUUAAUUGCAAAUAUAGACUGCCAAAAUACAGUGUGCCUUUAAAGUAUUACAUUGUGCCAGAACCUGCAAAGACAUUUUUUAGACAAAAAGUAUGUAUUUUUAUAUUCUGUAAUAUCUAAAGUUAUAUUUCAGGUGUAAUGUUUUGUGUAAAAAAAAAAAUAUGUAAAUUAUAUUGUCCUAUAGUAUUUGAUACAAAAUAUUUAAAAUCUCUUGCUGUUUGUAUAUUUAAUGUCUUAAACUGUUUUUAAUGUACAGACAUGUUAAACUGGUGCACUUUUUAAUCCCAAUGGGAAAAAUUGCAGCUAAAAGAGGUUGUUUGCAAUUAGCAAAUGUAAUAUAUAUCUUUGUUCUUUUUAACUUAAUAAUUUCUGUUAAACUUGUCAGUAUUAUUGGAAGGGGGGAAUCACACCAAUGUCAUGAAUAAUUACACCAGAAUGCUGGUCACUGGGUGCCUUUCAAACCUGGAGGGUAAUUGAAAUUACAAAGCUGGCAUUACCUAAACCAGAAACAAAUUUAAAAAAAUUACUACAUAAGCCAUAGAUAUGUAUUAGGGGUAUUUAUAGUUAUUGAACAGGCAUAUUUUCCUACAACAAAAUCUGCAAGUUGUAAAUUCUGCAAUUGAGUCAUGACUUUUUUAGGUUAGUUUCCUGAGACAGUGAAGCUUAUGUCAUUGCAUUGCCUGUCUUUGUCUUCCCUUCUAGCUUUUAACCCUCUGCACACUUCUGCCGGAUUUGGCAGAUGAAUGGCAGUGGUAAGAGAUAUUCUUACACGUUUUAUGAGAACAGAUGGCCGAGAACAACUCGGCCAUUCCACAUGAUUUGUCAGUGGCUGGCCACUGUUCAUAUUAGCCAACAAAAUAAUACGGGGAGACCCUGAGCUUGCUGCAACAUGUGUUGUCGCUUGUAUAGUUGCUUGGCCAAAAGAGGUGGGUGGAUGGAAUUGGAGGGUGGGUAUGGGGGUCAUAGGAGAGAGCUGCAAAUACUGUGGGUGGUGUUUAGAGCACAUCUGGGCAGGGAACAGCAACUUGUUGGGGAAGAGAUGAGGGAGGUUUUAGGAGUGUUUGCCUGCAUGCUCUAAGGAUGAUGGGGAAAACCUGCUCUUUAACAUGGUGGGAAUCACAGAAGGCAAAAGACACAAAUCUGUAGGAAUAGAGGCUUCAUAAAAAUCCUCAGGCUUUUUUUUAAUAAGGAACUGAGUUGAAUUCAAGCAAAUAUUUUAUACUGUAUAAUAAACAUUUCUUUUUAAUGUUAAUAUUGUUUUCUUACAAAAUAUAUUUCUAAGAAAAAAA